UUGGAGGGAAAAUCAAAACUGGCGGGAGAGCAUGGGACUUUUGUCAAUGAUAGAGAACUUCGUCUACCACGUGUUUUAGACUAAUGUGUUUCCAAGAUGCAAGGUGAUGGGACAUUGUACUGUGUUCGUGUGCCCCUCUGGCCGCGGGUCCUCGGACUCCGCCCCUGCGCACCGUGCCAGGCCGUCGCUUCUCAAGUGGGUCAUCUCCCUCCUAGUGUGCUGCUGGGGGUCCCGCUCUUCCAGGAACUCCGGUGACAAUGGCAGCGAGAACAUUGAGAUGGGCCCGAUGACGCUGCGGGAAUACAUCGCAACGCUGGAGCCGUACGACCCAGAGAUCCACGGCUGGCGGGGGGACGAGCCGUUGACUGUGAAACGCAGAACUCAAAAGCGAAACUCCAACCACAGGUUGAGCCUUGCCAACGGGGGCCUGCCGGGAUCAUCUGGAGACAGCCCCGCCUACAGCUCUGUCAGCUACCAUCCCAGACAGCGGGGCAGCGUGGAGCUGCAGAGUAACAACGUCAUCUAGAUGCUGAUAUUGUGCCUUCUUGGAUCCAGUGACUUAAAAGGCGCCUUCAGAUAACUAUGACUGUUCCGGUAAAAACCUGACUUCCUAUUUUAGAACACAAAUGUUUUAGAAACAUGUUUUUAGAUAUUGUUAGAAAUACUGUAAAUGAUGUAAGUAGGUGAAUAUUGUAAUUACAUUGUAAAAAAUAGUUGUCUGUUUUAUAGGGUAAAAAAUGUACUUAAUCAAAAAACAAAAUUAUGUUGUGUAACAAAGAUUGUCUAAAUCAAUAAAUAGAAUUUAGUUAAGUUUUUUACAAGACAACAUUUUAUGCUAAACAUGAUAUAUGGUGCCUAUUUAAAAAGCAAAGA